AUGGAUAAUGACUAUUUCUCGGUCGAAGCUAUCCUAGCAGAGAACCAGAAGAUACAAUGUACGUUUAAGCAGGAGAUCCCUGGAAUGGGACAUCUCGCAGGUGGCUCAGAUCGCGACAUCGCGGUAUUGAGUAAAGUCCAGCUGCCAAUGUGGUUGGCCUACAUUGUCAUCUACUCAGAUUGGGCCGAUUUCAAUAUUCCACCUCCUUUUGGACUCAAGGUUAGAAAUGCACUGAACGCUGAGGCAACAAGCGUGCGAUUGUCAAAUCUGGUUGGCUCGGAUGGAUCGUGGUACGGAUUCGGGAAGAUGAUCAUGGAUAUGUUGAGCGAACCCCAAGGGACAGAAAUGUCGAAGAUGAUGACGACCGCCUUCAAAGCACGGAUAACGGAACUCGUAGAUCAAGCGCAGCACUUCGCGGCUCUGGGGCCUGGCGGUGCCGGUGGCUCCUCUGGUGAUACUGCACAGCUAUUCAGGCAAGGUCUCGACACAACGGAGCGCGAGUUGUUCCUGCUUGCACAAGAAAGCGCGAAGAGAAUCAAGACAUGGUAUGAGGAGAACAGCAAAUCUCGACAAUAG